AUGGAAGAAGGUGACAUUCGAAUGGAUUUGAAUGUGGGGUACCAAGAUACACAGAGAGAUGAUUAUGAUCCAGAAGUAACUGAUGCUCCAGCUGUACCCCCAUUCAAUCCUCUUCAAACUCCACCAAAUGAAGACUCACAUUAUGAUAAUGCUUCUCUGCGUCGUGAAACAUCUAUCCGAGAAGCGAAAUCAGAUACAGAUCAAACAAGAACAUGCUCAUCACUCAAUGAAAAAUCUGUGUAUAGUCCCAAAACAAAUGCAACCCAAGACAAAUCACUUGAAAAAUUGGAUGAUCCAGACAUGAGAACAGCUCGAGAGGAUUUAUGGAACUGA